AUGGCGCACCCAGAGAGAUCCGGGGUAGCCGCAGGCUUGAGAAUUGAGACUUCAUUCCACCAGCAGCGACCAGCAUGGUCGGAGGAAGAUGAGGCGGGGAGGAGAAGAUCGACAACGGGUGGCGAUGGUAUCGAGAGCGACCGCACCAACAUAUCUCAUGAUUACAACGCGCGACGCCGCGAUACUAAUGAAGACCGCAGUGUGUUAAAUGAAAUGCAUUCAGCCACCCCUCCCAUCUCAGUGCCUCGCCCAGAUGGCCGCCCUGCAGACGACGCUGGUUUUCCCCAUAAACCAGAAGACGUUCAAGGCUCGCCAUUAGACAACUACCUGUCAUCGCGUCGUCCCUCCAUCACCUUCAACCCCAAGGUCUCCCUGGACUCGGGCCUCCAACGCCCACUAGAGGAGCCUCUUUCCAAAGGUGACCUCGAUAGCCGCCCCCCGCAAAAAUUUGAGUCUCGGACCUCUGGCCUCCGAAACGCCCUCUCCCAAGAUGAUGACUCGGCCAAUCAGCAAAAAUCCAACCCGCGGGGUGUUGACUCGAAACAGCCCCAAGAUCAGCGGGGUAUUCCGACCGGCGCUUCCCGCGGACAACCUGUUGGCAGCCCCAGUGACUCGAUUUCCGGCGCUGAGAUAGACCAGCCAACCUCGCUGACCUCCAUGUCCACGGCAUCUCCGAUCGCGGAAGAAGUCCGAACGCCCCCGGAAGCGUUCGCGAUACACCGCAGUGCCUCUUGGUCCGGGGGUGUCGUUACACCUUUCGGAAGCAAAUCCCGCAGCUCUACCCUCGACCGUAGCAGCAGCUUGCGCCACCCGGGCCGUGGUUCUCGCCGCUCUACAGCUUCUAGUGGCAAGUCUCCUGCCAGCAUGUUCCUGUCUAUGUGGUCCGGUCGUGAAGAGCCGGCAUCGCAACCUGACGAGGAAGGGCAGAUGGUGGGCACUGACUAUGUCCUUGGCAAACAAAUCGGCUUUGGUGGCUUUAGUGUCGUCAAAGAAGCCUACAAAGUGGAAGAGCAUGGCACCACCAAGCGACUCGCUGUCAAGAUUGUCAAAAAGCACGUUACCGGCCGCAGUGAGACCGAAAAUGAGGAGGUUCAAGCAGAGUUUGACCAUGAGGUGCGGGUCUGGCGAUACCUCAACCACCCUCAUGUCCUAACCCUUGAUGCUGUCUACGAAACCGAUUUCGCCACCUUCUGCUUCACUAAGCUUGCUAUUGGUGGAACUUUGUUUGAUCUCGUUCGCCAAAACCGACGCGGCCUCGACGCAACUCUCGCCAAGAAAUAUUCGUACCAACUCGCCUGUGCGAUCCGUUAUCUCCAUGAGGACGCUCGUGUCGUUCACCGUGACAUCAAGCUGGAGAAUUGCCUUCUCGACCCGGUCGAGACGGCUGACGGUAUGACCUCUUCUACCCUGGUGCUAUGCGACUUCGGAAUGGCGGAAUGGAUGACCACCGAUGAUGGUGGCGAGUCUCCUGAUCCCUAUGAUGAAGUCGCCGACCGUCCUCCGCCAAAACAGAUGGGCCCCGCUGGUUCUAGCACCAGUGUGGCAGGCAGCCUGGAAUAUGCUUCGCCCGAGCUACUUCAGUCUGCCAAUGGAGUCAUCCAUCCCUCUGUCGAUAUUUGGGCCUUCGGCGUCAUUGUCUUCACAGUCGUCGUUGGGUCCCGGCCUUUCCAAGACUCCUUCGCUCCUCGUAUCCAGGCCAACAUCCUCGCUGGGACAUGGAACGAAGAUGCCAUGAUCAACGAAAUCACCGACGAGUUUCUCCGCAAAGACCGGCAAGAUGCUCUCGAGCUUGUCAAGGGCUGCCUCGAAAUGGAUGUCGAUAAGCGAUGGACAAUUCGCGAUAUCCUAGCCUGCUCUUGGCUGCGUGAAGUUGCUGAGGUUACGGAAGAGAGUUCGCCGGAUUCUGUUUGGAGAUUAUGA